AUGUUUAUUUACAAUCAACAUGGAAAGCGUGUUAGUCUUGAAGAAGUCGCCAAUUUGCGAAAAUUGAACAUUGAACAUUAUGAUCUACACUUAUCAAGAAUAUCAUCUAGUAAAUCGAAUCCAUAUGGUCAUCAUAAGUUGAUUAAUAUACGAUUGAAUUCACCAUGGGAAUUAGAAUUACAGAGAUUUUUAAUUCAAGGUGGGCGUAAGAUUGCUACACCCUUGUUAUUACGUAAACCUAAACGUUAUAUUCAAAGUGCGGGUUCCCGUCUACUCCAAGAGUAUACAUUGAAGGAGAAUGAAGCUGAAGAAGAUAUGGAUGUAAAAUCUGAUCUCUUUCCAAGUCGAUAUCGUAUGAAUGCCACUGAUAGUGAUGAUCAUGAUAAGGAUGAGUUCUUGAACAUUGAAUUUCAUGCAAAUCGUUACCCAUCUAAAAAACAGUCAUCUAGCAUUGACAACGAUACACUUCGAAAAAGAUCUCAGAUGAAAAAUGGAAGUGUUAUUGGAAUUAAUAAUGGCAGGAAAUCGUGUAAUUUACGUCUAAGUAUAUCAGAUAUUAGACAAAAAAUUGAAGAUAACGAAACCAUGGGAAUCCAUACAUACAGCUACCAGGAUAGUUCAGGAGAUAAUGAAACAGAAAUAUUAAAGAAAACAAAGGCAACAGAGAAAGGAAAAGAAGAUGAUGACACACACUUUACACCUCUUUCUCCUCCUAUCGCCUUAUCAUCAUCAUCAUCAUCUUCUUCAUCCAGUUUAUCCUCGAGUGAUAACCUUGAUGACACCGAUGAAGUUGAUUUAUCAAAUAAAUUCAAACGGAAUUUAGCGAAGAAAAUUCAG